GCAACAAAAAGAAACUCUUGGAUGUCAAGUGACGUGUAGAAUUUGAAAAAUGACGUGACGUGUUUUCCUCCGAUUGCUUAAAUUUGCUAGUAUUUUUGCGUAAAUUUUUACACUAAAUUCACCGAGAUAGAUUUACCAAAUUAAAGGGAAAGUGUUAAGAAGUUCACAAUGGCACAGAUGACAAUGAUUGCCCGUGUGGUCGACGGAUUGCCGUUGGUGGGGACAAUGCAGGAAGAUGAACAGUCCGGUCGGAGUGUCCUUGAGUACCAGAAUCAAGCAAAGAUGCUGUUCAGAAAGCUUGGCCCUCACUCUCCGGCUCGCUGCACCAUAGAAACUGGACCGUAUUUAUUCCAUUAUUUAAUAGAAAAUGAGGUCUGCUACUUGGUUCUAUGUGAUAAAAUGUACUCCAAGCGCCUGGCAUUCAACUACUUGGAAGAUAUUGCGCAGGAAUUUCACAAAAACUACGGCCGGAAAGUUAAUUCCGUGACUAGACCUUAUGCCUUUAUUGAGUUCGAUGUAUACAUCCAGAAGGCGAAGAAGUCUCUCACAGAUCGCCGCCGCAAUAUCAACACGAUCAACACACAGCUGCAGGAUGUGCAGAGAAUUAUGGUGCAGAAUAUCGAUGACGUUCUCCAGCGUGGCACCGUUCUCUCGGAGCUGGACACCAAGACACAAAAUCUGUCCAUGCUGUCGCAGAAGUACAAGAAAGACGCCACGUAUCUCAACAGAAAAUCCAUGUAUGUGAAGGCUGUCUGUGGACUUGUUUUGCUUAUUUUCAUCGUGCUGUACUUUUGGAUUCUGUAACGUCCUGGC